AAGUUGGGCAAACAUGUUAUCACGUCGCGGCUUGUAUGAUGUGGAGCAAUCAUUUCGUCGUUAUGCAAAGUCGCCAGUGACAUUGUGUAAUCUGGGCGUUGGAGCCACAUUUGGCGAAUCGAUAUUACACGAUUUACCACGCGACAGUACUGUGGUCACAAAAACCACCUGUGAACUGUUACGAGUCGAACAACAGGAUUUUCGUUUGAUUUGGGAGAAAAACAAGGAAUUGAUGAAUGAUAUUAUCACCAGUUGUAAAUUUAAAAAUGGUUUUGGUCCCAACACACAACAACAGCAGCAACAACAACAGAGCAAUUCAUCACCCACUAAGCGGCCACUAAGUCCAGAUCAUCCCAAUCCGGCAUUACCAAUAACAGAGUCUCCUAGUCCUGCUAUGAAUCGUAUGGGAUGGGCAUUGCGAACACUAUUGGUUGCUGAUAAUUCAAGCUGUUUAAAGGAUAGAAAAGUUUCCGGCAAACUUAUACGCAAAUGUGCCCCGGGUACUGAAUUCGUUGAUUGGUUGGUGAAUUUAUCGUCCAUUGUUCAUACCAGAGCCCAAGCGGCUGGUAUGUGGCAGGCAUUGUUGGAGGAAGGUGUUUUAUCGCAUGCUUUGGGGGAGAAAUUGUUCUCCCAACUGCAGCGUUUAUGCGUUACCUCAUUUAAUUGGAUGCUGGAUUAUUUACUUUUUUGUUUUUUCCCACUCCCCUCUAAUUUCAAAUGUGUUCCUUUAUUUUUUUCUUUUCAUGCGAUAAACACCCGGCCUCGCUCCCAAUGGCAAAAUUUCAUCGACAUUCAUUCAUCCGCCAAUCCAUCCAUCUAUCUAUCCAACUUCAACUGCUCGCUCGCUCGCCCGCCCACAAUAGUAUUCAGCCAAGGUGACGAGGGACGCUCCUGGUAUAUCAUCCUGAAAGGAUCUGUGGAUGUGGUGAUACAUGGCAAAGGUACUGUGGCCACCCUUAAAAGCGGCGAUGAUUUUGGUAAACUGGCUUUGAUUAACGACGCACCCAGAGCUGCUACCAUAGUUUUAAAGGAGAACAAUUGCCAUCUGUUGCGCGUGGAUAAGGAGCACUUUAAUCGCAUCUUACGUGACGUCGAGGCAAAUACUUUAAGACUCCAGGAACAUGGCAAGGAUGUUUUAGUAUUGGAACGUGUGGCAAAACAACGGGGACAACAUUCAGCAUUCAAAUACACUGUCAUGUCGGGUACACCAUCAAAAAUGUUGGAACAUUUAUUAGAGACACGCUUGGGUGGACAAAUUAGUGGCGUCGAUCCAUUCUUGGAUGAUUUCCUGUUAACACACAUCGUUUUUAUGCCAGUGGUCCAGCUGGUGGAUGAAUUGGCUAAUUAUUUUCAUUGUGAUUCGCAUGAUGGAUCGCAUACACCCGAGGAACGGGACUAUAUUAUUAAUUUCAAGAAACGCGUCAUACAAUUCAUGCAAAAAUGGGUGAUGGCAGUGCGGCAUGCUGCAUUCGAUGAGCCCAGUGUCUGUGAUUUUAUUGAAGAUCUAGCCGCCGAAGUGGAAGCGGAUCCCGAACUGCAGGAAGAGACCAGUAUUAUACACAACAUUCUAACGCAAAUGGCACGCUAUCAGGAUGAUCGAAAUCAAAAUGCUGGCCAAAAGUGGAAACUGCCGCCAAAUGGUCAGCCCAUCUGUUUGUUUAGUGGUAACAUAACACCAUCGAAGACCGUGAUACGACCGGAUGACGACAUAAUUUUUCGGGUAUACUGUGCCGACCACACCUACUGCACACUGCGUUUCCCAUUGCACACAACUGCGGAAAUAAUUAAAGCCUGUGCUGCGGACAAAUUGCAAUUGAAUCGUGGCCCCGAGGAUUUAUGCCUGGUCGAAGUGAAAUCGAAUGGCGAACGUUCCGUGUUCAAGGAUAACGAUGUCAGUAUACCCACUGGUUUAAGCUUAAAUGGACGGCUCUUUGUCUCUGUUAAGGAUCACAUAGAUGGCCUGACUCCUUUGCCCGAACAGGAGGGACCCACCGAAGGCAUCGACAUGGACUUGGAAAUGCUCAGCACCAAAGAGCUGGCCUAUCACAUUACCAUAUUCGAUUGGGAUCUCUUUUGGGCCGUACAUGAAUAUGAGCUGCUCUAUCACACUUUUGGACGUCAUCAUUUUGGCAAGAUCACCGCUAAUUUGGAUGUCUUCCUGAGACGUUUCAACGAACUGCAAUAUUGGAUUGUCACCGAAAUGGUAUCCACCUCAAGCAUGAGUAAACGUGUCGGUUUACUUAGAAAAUUCAUUAAAUUGGCCGCCUAUUGCAAAGAAUAUCAAAAUUUAAAUGCAUUCUUUGCCAUUGUUAUGGGCCUAUCGAAUAUGGCCGUGUCACGGCUGCAACAGACCUGGGAGAAAAUCCCUUCGAAAUUUCGUAAACUUUAUCAAGAAUUUGAGGCUUUAAUUGAUCCUAGUCGUAAUCAUCGGGCGUAUCGGGUAUUUGUUGGAAAGCUACAACCGCCACUAAUACCCUUUAUGCCGCUACUGCUCAAGGAUAUGACAUUUGCUCAUGAGGGUAAUAAGACGAGCAUUGAUGGUCUGGUGAAUUUCGAAAAGAUGCAUAUGAUGGCUCAAACGAUGAGGACGCUAAGAUUUUGCCGAUCAAGGAGUUUGGGUUUGGAUCCCCCCUCACCCAAGAGUGAAGGUGAGGUCCGCUCCUUUAUUAGCUGUCUGCGUGUAAUUGACAAUCAACGAGUCCUUACGGCAAUGUCCCAGAAAAUCGAACCAAGUCGUAAAAUCUAA